AUGGGCGCGCUGCUCCGGGCGCUGCUGCUCCCGCUGCUGGCCCAGUGGCUCCUGCGCGCGGCCCCGGCUCUGGCCCCGGCACCCUUCACCCUGCCCCUGCAGGUGGCCGCGGCCACGAGCCACCGACCUUCGCCCGCCCCCAGGGUAGCCACCCCCGUCCUGCCCCGUGCCGAGGGCCUGGCGCUCGCCUUGGAGCCCGCGGGGGCCGGUGCGAACUUCUUGGCCAUGGUGGAUAACCUGCAGGGGGACUCUGGCCGCGGCUACUACCUGGAGAUGUGGAUCGGCACCCCUCCGCAGAAGCUACAGAUUCUCGUCGACACUGGGAGCAGUAACUUUGCUGUGGCAGGUGCCCCACACCCCUACAUAGACUCCUACUUCCACUCAGAGAGCUCCAGCACAUACCGGCCCAAGGGCUUCGACGUCACCGUCAAGUACACGCAGGGGAGCUGGACGGGCUUUGUGGGGGAGGACGUGGUCACCAUCCCAAAAGCCUUCAACGCUUCUUUCCUUGUCAACGUUGCCACGAUUUUUGAGUCUGAGAAUUUCUUUUUGCCGGGGAUUAAGUGGAAUGGGAUCCUUGGACUUGCCUAUGCUGCAUUGGCCAAGCCGUCAAGCUCUCUGGAGACCUUCUUUGAUUCCCUUGUGGCACAAGCAAAGAUCCCUGACAUUUUCUCCAUGCAGAUGUGUGGGGCUGGAUUACCGAUAGCUGGAUCUGGUACCAACGGAGGUAGUCUUGUCCUGGGUGGGAUCGAACCAAGUUUGUAUAAAGGAGACAUCUGGUAUACCCCUAUUAAGGAGGAGUGGUACUAUCAGAUUGAGAUUCUGAAGUUGGAAAUUGGAGGCCAGAGCCUUAAUUUGGACUGCAGAGAGUACAACGCUGACAAGGCCAUCGUGGACAGCGGCACCACGCUGCUGCGCCUGCCCCAGAAGGUGUUUGAGGCAGUGGUGGAAGCUGUGGCCCGCACGUCUCUGAUUCAAGAGUUCUCUGAAGGCUUCUGGACUGGGGCCCAGCUGGCGUGCUGGACAAACUCUGAGAGCCCUUGGUCCUAUUUCCCCAAGAUCUCCAUCUACCUGAGAGCCGAGAACUCCAGCCACUCGUUCCGGAUCACAAUCCUGCCACAGCUCUACAUUCAGCCCAUGAUGGGAGCCGGUCUGAAUUAUGAAUGCUACCGAUUCGGCAUCUCUCCUUCCACCAAUGCGCUGGUGAUUGGUGCCACAGUGAUGGAAGGCUUCUACGUGGUCUUCGACAGAGCUCACAAGAGGGUGGGCUUUGCAGCGAGUCCCUGUGCAGAGAUUGCAGGUGCACCAGUGUCUGAAAUUUCUGGACCCUUCUCCACAGAAGACAUAGCCAGCAACUGCGUCCCAGCGCAGGCUCUGGACGAGCCCAUCUUGUGGAUUGUCUCCUAUGCCCUGAUGAGCGUGUGCGGAGCCAUCCUCCUUGUUCUGAUUCUCUUGCUGUUGUUCCCCCUGCGCUGUCACCACUCCGCCCGGGACCCUGAGGUCGUUAAUGACGAGUCCUCGCUAGUCAGGCAUCGCUGGAAAUGAAGAGCUUCCCUGGACCCCAGUGACCUUGAACUCAGCUCUUCCAGGAGGAACACCAGCAGGGUGACUGGCCUGGGACUGGGUCAGUCUUCUUCCUCUGGCGUUUACUCAGAAAUCUUGGCUCUGCUUCCAGAUUCACUACGUCUUGAUUAGUCUUGAUUUCGGAGCUUCAGUUCUUCUUUCCUACUUCCGAGGGAAAUAAUAAAAACACCUCACUGUAAACCAAUGAAGUGGGCUUCAGGCUUUAUGGGACUGGUCACAGCAGAGGUGGCCAGGUGGGCCACCAAAAGAAAAAAAAAAAAAGCAAACAAAAGCAAAAAUAGGCAAGCCACACAGCUAGUUACCUCCUCUCUCUGACCUGUGGAAAAAUGAGUGGGUAUAGUUACUCCCCACCCCCUUUGGCUACAAGAAGCUUUGAGUGCUAAUCCCAUGGAAGGGCAUUUGGUGCCCAGGCCCUAGCCUGAGCCACAGUGGUCUGCGAAGGCUUGUGAUAUGCCAGCAGCAGGAGAGGCUGUGGGCUUGGUGUGGAACCAUUCUGCCUUUAUCCAAACCAGAAAGCACUACAGGCCUUUGGGUGGGUCUCUGGCUCUGCAUGGAGCCAGAAUCCUCAUACAGAACCCGCACGCCCCGCCCCGCCCCGCCAGCCCUGGCCAGCCUCUCUUGCCACAGGAAUGCCUUUUGCCCAGUGAGAUAGAUUGGGAAACAAACCGCCUCUGGGACCAAUACUCCUGUGGUAUUGUCAGCAUAAAGGUAAAAACUCUACCUCCUUAGUGACUUGGCCAUGGUUCUGGGCACAGGUGGGAACCAGGCAGCCGGAUCCUGGCCAUCGCCAUCACCCUCACCCCUGAGGUGAGACAAACAGGUGCUUAGCUGCGUAUCACCCACCUCCCCCUCAAGUCCUGUCGCUGAGCUGGUCAUGGUCACAUAUGCUUACUCUUACUUCGUUAAUUAAUCAUGUCUUAAUGAGGAAAAUAAAUUCUCUUUCACUAGCGUAAUUGUUUCUUUUUCCAAACCUUCUCUGGAAGUAAGUUGGUAAUUAUCACCCUGGGAAACAGAGAAGUGGCCAGAUGCCCAUGCUCCUGACCAGCUGCCGGGGAAGGAAGAUGCAUGAUUUGGAGUCAUUUCCAUAUUUUGUAUCCUUUGAAACCACAUGUUUUCUCUCACAGAACAUCCAGUGCCUUCAGACUCAGCUCAGCCUGCCUAGCAGUUGACCCAUUCAGUUCCCUCCCUCUGGGGUAUUAGAUCUUUGGUGCAAAGGUAUCCAGUAGUAUCCUUAUUUUCUAUUGUUUGGGGGCCUUUGCCAAAGGAAAAUGGCAGCCUUUAACUCCAAGCAGCCAGCCUUGUAUGAUCUGAUCUAAUUAGGAGGAAGACACAGAGCCAAACGCCCUUCUCUCCUGCUGGUGUGCCAAACUCAAUGUUCACUUCGCAUCGCUGUCAGGGCGGAUCGGAUAUAAAAUAACACUCCUCAGGCGGUGCUAAGCACCUUCCCCACACCCUCGCCUCCCACCCGGCAAGUAGGGCUGCCUCUAUCGUUCACAACAGGCUUCUUGCGGGAGUCUCAGCUGUCUGCUCUGCUCACCCAGUCACCUCCACACUGAGAAAUACACAACCAUGCCAGUGACAUGCAGAAGCCACGCAAGCAUGUCAUGGUGAACUUGAAGAUUCCCCAGCAGCCAGAGGAAGCGUCCGUGUGAUUCUCCUGGGAGAAGAGCCCCGCUCCGCUGCAGAAGGAAGAGCGCCCGGAAGGGGAGAGGAGAUCUGUUCUCAAAUGCCCACCCAUGGGUCUGGCCUGCACUCGCUUGAGAACCCCUAAUUCCGAUGUGCAUUUCGGGGUUGGAAAAUUCGCUUCACAACCCUGGGCACCUCUCUACUGAUUCCUGUUCGGUGACCCGUGUGUCUGGAAGUGAAGCUCUCCAGACUGUACUUGGCCCUGUGCUGAGAGGGAUCUGAGCCCUGGAAAUGGAAGGAGGAGACUAAAAGUUCAGCUGCUGAUCUCUCUUACACGUGCAUUCAGCUUCCUUUUCUUGGGUUGGGAUUCUGGGGUGGGGAAUCAGCAGGCACGGUUCUCCUAAUACAGCCCCACAGCAAGCCAGGUUUCUAGGGUGGGCAGCAGGAGGAAGUUUGUGACACACUCUAUUUCAUGUCAAAUCGUCUCUGCCUUUGUAUCCAGAUGCCAUUGGAUGUGGCACCUUCGUGGGAAUAUUCAAAUCACAAAAGCCUAGCUUAAAUCCCCAGAUGAAAUGGACCGCUGAAUUUGGGACCUCUUCCCAGCAGCCACUGCCCCUGAGCGUUGGAGCUGGAGUCCAGUAAUGACACACGCCUCCUCGGGCGCUGUAAGUUGAAACUUGCCCUGGCCAGACCUUCAAAGACGCUCGUUUUGAACAGCAGCCUCCCUUUGAGGGUGUCAUGUUGCCUUGAACACCGUGGAACAUACUGGAAGAUGCAGAAGACUCCCAGUGCCUGAAAGACGCGACUGCGGUGUCUUCAGCCUUGUCAGCCCCCACGAGUGACGGUGCCUGUCUGUGAGCGAGCUUAGGUGAAAUGACCCGGUGCGCCUCAUCUUGGCAAAUGAUUUAAACAUGUGAAGUGAAAUCCUGUCUUCAAGUCACUAAAAGUAUUUAUUUAGAAAACGAGGAAGAGAUGAGAUGCUUUUUUAUUUACCCCUGGGAAUUCUGUUUGUUUGUUUUGUUUUUGAGGUAGGGUCUCACUGUAGCCCAGGCAGGCCUCAAACUCACGGCUGUCUUCCCACUGCAGCUUCUUGGGUACUGGGACUAAAGGCAUUUGCCACACUGGGCACCCCUCCUCGAGAAUUUAAAAGAGCCACCAGUGAUUGGCGCCAGAUCUCCUGGCACAGGACACACUGUGCGCUUUCUUCUGUCUCUUCGGGACCAGAAACAAGUGCCUGACCUCCAAGAGGCAGAUGCCCUGCACGUGACCACAAGAAAUGCUUUUCCUGGACACAACUCCUUUCUGAGCAUUUUGGUAGGACUUUAUCGACUUCUUCCUGAAACCCAGACAUCUUAGUUGGAGAUGAAAUUGGGGUGAGUAAUUCAUCAGACACAUGGAAGUAAUUUUACAGCAAGACAGCAGAAAGGCUCCCACAGAGCUCCUGACUGAGAGCUUUUGGAUUGUGGGAUUCCAUUCUCUCAUUUAAGGACUUGGAGAGUGAUUACUUAAUGAUUUAAUCAAGAAAAGGUAUUUGCUAAGAUGUCUUUCACCAUGGCCCCACCUCGAUAAACAGCUUCUCAGGGUUGAGUCCCAAGUUCUGGCCUCCUAACCAUUCCCUGUCCUGAGACACAACAACCUCCCAGCAGCCUGUUCUACAGCCAAGAAUGGUUGAAUGUCACUGACUUUAUCCUUUUUAGUGGACACUGAGUAGUCUGGGGGCAUCCCGGCAUGUUGUCCCUUGCACAAGCUUAUUAGAAUCGAUUACAAAAGCGUUCACAGGAAAAGAAUCACCGCAAAGACGUUUUUUUAAAAGGAAAAACAACCAAACACUGCCAAUGGAAAACUGUGAGGUUUGCCAAGAGCUCAUAGAUUUUUUUCUUCAUGCCAGAAAAACUGCACAUAACCAAAAGUAGUGUGUACAUCUCUUACGGAAUUUAAGAAAUUUUGACUUGAACUUACAGCAGUUUUCCCACUAGCAAUACAAUUUGAGAGUAGGUAGUUUAAAAUAUGUGUGUGUGUGUGUGUGUGUGUGUGUGUGUGUGUGUGUGUGUGUAUUUAAAAUAUGCUCCCAGAAUAAGCAGGAUUAACUGCUUUGAAAAAUGUGCUUUGAUUCCAGGCAUCCUCAGAUUCCUUUUACCCUCAAACUCACUCAAGUCUAUGAGAGACAUGAUUUAUUUUACACGGCUACAAGCCUCAGGGCUUCAAGAAAUUUCAAAGUGGAGUCGUGCAUCCAUCUGAGUCAGCACUGACAGAGUGAGAAUAUGUGGGCCGUAGCCUGUGCAUUGCCCAAGCCAAGGCAGGACUGGUUUAUUCCAGCAACAGAGUCGAGAACUACUGGGACUUGGUACAUUCUAGACUCUGAGAAAUUAAAGGAACCAGGAGCCAGGAGAGAGGGCACAUCCUUCAGUCUACCAUUCUACCAAGAUUUGGGCAGCUGGGAACGUCCCAGGACAGCACAGACAACCGCCUGCACAGAACAGCCUGCAAUUUGGGAAGUUUUCAGUUUUGAUUGUUGGUCAUGGACCAUUAAAAGAGACCCACUCUAAGAAAGCUAGAGAUGUCUGAGCUGCCAGGCAGGACCAAGCCUUAUGUAAACAGCGCACAGCAUUAGACUGAGAAAGCUCUCUGUGUCAGGGAGUGUCUCAGUGGAUGAAGGUUUAGAGAGCCAAGCCAAGCUUCCUGGGGACUCCCAAGUGUCUGCAAAGCUCAUUAGUGACUGGCCUUCAUUAUGGUGUCAUGAGAACUCACAGUGACAACCAAAAAGUGCCGUGUUUUCUCCUCUACCCAUGAGCCUCCUUGGAGUUUCUUACCAUAUGUUAUAUCCAGAUGUCCAGUGUUCCCAAAUUAAAUUAUGUCCUGUAAAUUUUGCACAUUUUUGGACACCAGGAUCACGUGACUGUAGUUAUUUCCACUUAGCCUGUUGGGAUGCAGGAAAGGGUACGGUGCUGCUAAACCUGGAAGUCACUGCAAUGUUGAGAAGGAGAGACAGGCAGCUGCCCUUACAAAUGGAGAAUUGUUUGUGUAAAAUCAGCUGGGGACCGCCUGAGCUGUAACACACGAGGUGCGCCACCCACAACUGUCCCAGUAGCCCGUGUAACCGAUAUGUAUUUAGAACCAUGUGCUACAUCAUUAUAAGGGAUGGAUUUUCCGUCAGGUCCCCUGUGUGGCCUGACCUGCUGUUUCCACAGGGUCUUCUUGCAGGAGGGUAGAGGUUAGAUGUGUUUCUACUCACAACAGUGCACAGAUCAGAAUUAAGGGCGGGGGGGGGGGGAGUGUCCCUAAAGGGCAGAGCUGACUGUAUUCCGUGGGGUGCUUUCUGUGGGCAAACAUGGCAGGAACUCCUCAGGUAAGUAAGCCAGCUACACCCUACCUGUGUGAGGGCAACCACACAGGAGCUUCAUGUUGCUAAGUGGAAGGCCGCUGAAUGAAAUGUUCAGAGAAUGGUAGAAGAUGGUCCCCUUUCAAGAUCAAAGAAACGAUCGACUGAUGAAGGGUCUGCUGACCAGCAGAAAGAAUCACAAGAAAUAAAACUCUUGGGCUGCGCGUACAGCUCCACGGCAGAGUGCUUGCAUGGCAUUGUAAAGGCUCUGGGGUCAAGCCUUAGCACUGAAAAGAAGAAAAAGCAAUUUAACAAUAUCGUAGGGAAUUCUGUUCUUUGUUGCAAGGAGUAGAAAGAUCUGUUCCCCUCCCCCCGGGUUUCCAAACUGUGGGCGCAGUGUCACGUGCUCUAAUCGGUGAGGACUGAAAAGCCAGUCCAGGGAAGCACACACAGAGAGAGUGCGAUCUCUCAUGUGCUGGUAAAAAGCUGAACUCUUGUUAUCUGCAAAUGUGAUGCAUCUCUUACUGUUUCUGUUCGGCUGCACUGUUAAAAUAUUCUUAAAGUGUAAAAUGCUCACUUCUGGGUGGAGGAGAUGGUUCAGUGGUUGGAGGCACUUGCUUGCAAGUCCUGUCAACCCAAGUUCUGUUGCGCGGUACCCACAUAAUGCCAGAUGCACUGGGGGGGGGGGUACAUGUGUCUGGAGUUUGUCCUCAGUGGUGCACCCAUGCUUGCUCACUCUGGUUCUUACUGUCUCUAAUAAAUAAGUAAAUAAACAAAAAUGGUUAAAAUACCCACAUUCAGGCUUCCAACGGACCACUCAAGUCCUCUCGUCCUGUCAUUGGAAGGGGCUGACACCUGUGCUAUUCCACAGAUAAAGUUCUGGUUCUGAUAGAAAAGCACCUAACCAUGUACACAAUUCUAAAAGGAGGCAAAAAAAAAAAAAGAGUGUUUUGCAGAAUGUGCUUUGCAUAUAUCUCAGUUUUUCAUAUGUUCACACAUGAUUCUUAAUUAUAAUUUGUAUUUCUGAAAAUGCUCAAAAUUAUUUCAUAUUUUCUUCUGGAAUUUCCCUCCCCAUCCAGUGUACAGAAUUGAUUUCAACUUAUGCAGUGAUUAAAAUGCGCUCUGGAGUAGAGUCAUUUCUUUUGCUUUAGAUGUGGCUCCAUAGUUGUGGACAUGUGUGGUCCCUACACAACCAGAGUUUUCUAACAUAAUUUUAUUUUUAUACUUAUGGGGUUCACCUAUCUAAGAUAUGUACCAUUGAAGCGGAAAAUAAGACAUACUUACUUCUUUAAAUAAAUAAUACUUCCUA